AUGGAGGCCAUUCAAUUUCAGAGAGAAAAGCUGUUGCCACUCUCAAACUCCGUGAAGGCAUUGUUAGAAAAGAUUGUUUCUAUCGAGCUCCUCGACAACUUCAUGAACGUGAAUAGAUUGUUUCUAUCCCAGAAAAAUGUGAAGAAAAUACUCAUGAGUCUUCACGGUGUACUUUAUUAUGCUAACAACAAACUCAUCCACACUCAAGUUAUCGACGAAUUGCUGGAUAUGCUCUCACCUGCUGUUUUUCAAGUUGCCAGUUUACUUGACGAAUGCGAUUUUUUAGGGUAUGCUACUGUACCUAGUGCUAAACAGCUCAAGAGUCAUUCUCGUUUUGCUUUUUUCAUUGACGUCAUUAAGUCUAAAACGGAUAAUUUAAUUCAAAUAUUACAAGGCUUAAGUUCAGCAAAACAACUUGGUGGUGAUGAUGAUGGAUCUUCUUUUUAUGGAAGAGACUCUGAUAUUGAGAAACUUAAACAUCUUUUGUUGUCUAGUACUAGUGAUGGUGAUAGUAAAAUAAGAGUCAUUUCUAUUGUUGGUAUGGGAGGGAUUGGCAAAACAGCCCUUGCUAAACACCUUUACAAUCAUCCUCAAGUUAAGCACAAAUUUGAGUUAAAAUUGUGGGCAGAUUUCUCUAAAGAUGUUAAUGAUUUGAGUGAUUUUGAAAACAUUCUUGAAUCUAUUACUUCACAAGCAACCACAAGCAAUGAUACAAGUACCAUAUACCCAAAUUUUUUGCUGGUAUUGGAUGGUGUGUGGGAUGCAAGAUUUGUCAAUUGGACAUUACUUAUGGAUAUCUUCAAUGCUGGGGAAACAGGGAGUAGGGUCAUCGUCACAACACGAGAUGAAAGAAUUGCAAUAUCCAUGCAUACCUUUCUUUCUGUCCACUAUCUGGGACCCUUGAACGUUAAAGAUUGCUGGUCUUUACUUGACGAACACGCAUUUGGAGAACAUAACUACCAACGACGAUUCAAUCUAGAAAAAAUUGGCAGAAAAAUUGCAAGUAAGUGUGAUGGAUUGCCAUUAGCUGCAGUAGCACAUGGGACUCUUCUUCGCAUCUCAUCGUACCCCAGUGUCUGGAAUUAUGUGCUAAAAAAGAAGGUUCAAGAGGUGCAAGCUUCUCUCAAAUUGAGCUACAACUCUCUUUCUGAUCCUUUAAAACGAUGUUUUGAAUAUUGUUCAAUUUUUCCAAAAAAAUCCAUCUUAGAAAAAAAGAUGCUAGUUCAAUUGUGGAUUGCAGCAGGCUUAGUAGAAUCGUCCACGGAUCAGGAAAAAGUUGGAGAUGAAUACUUUGAUGUACUAGUUUCAAGGUCGUUGAUACAUCGACGAUCUAUUGGUGAUGAGGAAGGAAACUUUGAAAUGCACAACUUCAUCCAUGAUUUAGCUGCAGAGGUUUCAUCUCCAUAUUGUAUCAAUAUGGACGAACACAACCUAGAUGAUCGGGUGCGUAACUUAUCAUACAAUAGAGAGACAUAUGAUUCAUAUGAUAAAUUUGAUAAAUUAUAUAGAUUAAAAGGUCUGUGUACCUUUCUAGCAUUACCGUUACAAGAACAAUUGCCUCUUUGUUUGCUAUCAAACAAGGUAGUACAUGACACGCUGCCAGAAAUGAAACAAUUACGCGUGUUGUCUCUAUCAAACUACAAGAGUAUCACUAAGGUUCCCAACCGUAUUGGAAAUUUGUUAGACCUGCGGUACUUAAAUCUUUCUCACACUAUGAUUGAAAGGUUGUCUUCAGAAACAUGCAAGCUUUACAAUCUGCAAUUCUUGCUGUUGGCGGGCUGUAAAAGGUUCACUGAAUUGCCGAAGGACAUAGGAAAAUUGGUUAAACUAUACUACCUUGACGUUAGUAACACCGCGUUGAAGGAGAUGCCAGAGGACAUAGGAAAAUUGGUUAAUCUACGCCACCUUGACAUUAGUUACACUGCAUUGAGGGAGAUACCGAUUCAAAUAACCAAACUAGAAAAUCUCCAAAUGUUGUCCGACUUUGUUGUCAGCAAAGAUAAUGGUGGAUUGAAGGUUGCAGAGCUAGGAAAAUUUCCCAACCUGCUUGGGAAACUUUCCAUCACACAGCUACAAAAUGUUAAUAAUCCCGUUGAAACUUUUAAAGCCAAUAUGAAGAUGAAAGAACAAAUAGACACAUUAUCGUUAGAAUGGGAUCAUGGUGCUACAUUUUUAGAUCCACAAGUUCAAAGAAAUGUACUUGAACAUUUGCGACCCUCAACAAAUUUGAAAAGUUUCACCAUCAAAGGCUAUGGUGGAAUCAACAUUCCAAAUUGGUUGGGUGAUUCUUUAUUUGGCAGCAUGGUGUACUUAAGGAUCUCAAAUUGUUAUAACUGCACAUGGCUUCCACCCCUUGGACAAUUGGGUAAUUUGAAAGAACUCAAUAUUGAUUUGAUGCUUUCAUUAAGGAGUGUUGGUAUAGAGUUCUAUGGAAGUGAUAGUUCUCUUUCAUUUCAACCAUUUCCCUCCUUGGAGACUCUACGCUUUGAGGAUAUGCCACAGUGGGAGGAGUGGAACAUGAUUGGAGGCACGACUGCAGAUUUUCCUAGUCUAAAAUGUUUGUUACUAAGUAAGUGCCCGAAACUGCGAGGAGACAUGCCUCACAAUCUUCCUUCCUUAACUGAACUUGAGUUAAGAGAAUGUCCUUUACUGGUGGAGUCAAGAAAUUCAUAUGAUAAUAACAAUUUCAUUAUUAUAAUUCCAGCGUCCGAUGUAUUCGACAGAUUGAUGCUCCCUCUCACUUCUCUUCGACAGUUGACCAUAGACGGAUUUCCAUCUCUAACGUUUUUUCCAAUAGACGGUCUACAGAAAACUUUGAAAGUUCUCAUAAUAAAAAAUUGUGAAAAUCUAGAGUUUCUUCCCCAGGAAUACUUGCACAAUUUCAUAUCACUUGAGGAAUUGAAAAUAUCAUAUAGCUGCAAUUCAAUGAUAUCAUUUACCUUGGGCGCUCUCCCGGUCCUCAAGAGUCUGUUUAUUGAGGGUAGUAAAAAUUUGAAAUCGAUAUUAAUUGCAGAAGAUGCGUCGCCAAAGAGUCUCUCAUUUCUUAGAAGCAUCAAAAUAUGGGAUUGUAAUGAACUUGAGUUAUUUCCCCCUGGUGGAUUAGCCACUCCAGACCUCGUUUGUUUUGCCGUGUGGAAGUGUGAGAAGCUUCCUUUACUACCAACAAGAAUGCACACUCUAACUGGCCUUCGAGUAAUGGAAAUUGAUAAUCUACCAAAUCUUCAAUAUUUAGUCAUUUAUGAUUUUCCUAGCAGCUUACAAGAACUGACUAUCGGUUCUGUUGGAGGUAUUAUGCAGAAUUAUGGGCCAGUUUGGAAACAUUUGACCUGUCUUUCAGUGUUGCGAAUUAACGGCAAUGAUAACAUGUUGUUGGGGCUUUUUCUACCAGCAUCACUUGUGACACUAUGCAUCUAUGAUCUUAAGGAUAAAGUCAUUGAUGGGAAAUGGUUUCAACAUCUGAACUCUCUCCAAAAACUUGAAAUUGUUAAUGCUCCCAAACUCAAGUCCUUGCCAAAAGACGGAUUGCCUUCCUCUCUUUCUCUACUAAGUAUCACUUGUUGUCCGUUACUGGAAGCAAGUUUGAGAAGGAAGCGAGGGAGAGAAUGGCGUAAGAUUGCUCAAAUCCCCUUCAUAAUCAUCAAUGACAAAAUAAUCACAUGA